UUUUAUUUUUUUUCAAGGAAUUUCAAAUGUGAGACGAUUCAAAUAUUUCUUUACAAAAAAAUGUCUUCUUAUCCCCUCUCUACAUCAACUUCCUCGUCAGCAUGGGGUCCUGGAUAUAUUCCUUCAAGUAUCGGCUACACCGAUCGAAUACAAGAACAAUGGUCUAGAGAAUUUGAUCCAACGCGUCUUCACAAAAAUGAAAUUUCUGGAGGUCCAAUGACCAAAAGCUACGAGAAUUUAGGUUUUCUUUGUAAUUUUUAUGAGCUGAAAGAAGUUGGUGAACCAAUAGAAAUAGGCUUGGUCCCCGAGCUUUUGGUCCCGAGUCCUCGACUCACCGACCUUGGCCGACGAUCUCUAGUUAAUUUUUCCCGAUCCUUAGAGUUCAGAGGACCCUCCGUUCCCGAUAAAAGUUAUCACGUCCGCAACAUUUUCCGUCCUGAGCAAGCUGAAGGUUAUGGUGGUGGCGGCCUUCCUCUCCCUCCUUCUUUUGCUCCACCCAAUGGACAACAAGGAUUAUUAAAUGCUAGCCAAAGAAUUCUUGGUGUUGAUAAUCGACCAAAAAUUAGUGCUGCUGCUAUGAGACGAGUAGAAUCACAAUUAGGGAGAGAUGCUUUGGAUGAUUCAAAUGAUGACCAACUAUGGAAAUCGCCUUUAGACGAAAUUUAUGCAGAAUUAGGCAUUAGCAGCAGUGGUUUAUUAGACAGCCGCCCUUCGUUGUUUCCUGUUUAUACGCCAAAGUCGUCUACAGAAUACUUCUCUACGGUGACGGCUAAUCCAAGUUCAAUUCCUUCUCAUCGAAGUUCAGCGCUGGGAACUUACAGGUUGGGCGCCCCCUCUUCUCUUCGCCCAAUUUCUACAUGUUCAUCUUCAUCCACAACUGGCUGGGAUUCUCUGGAAGGCGAAAAAAGAGGUUUUGGAAAUUGGCGAAAUACUGAUAAACAAAUGCUUUUUGAUUGCUCCUCAACAAAUUCCCAGUCUCCGUUUGCUUCACAUUUAUAUGGUGGUGGUUCUGUUAGACGUCAAGACUCGAGAAUUGUUGGCUCCAAUUUUGUGCAAUUAACGCAGAGGCCAAAAGACCGAUUUUUGGAAAAGAUUGACAAAACAUUGGCUGAUGUUCGUUCUGAGCCGCGGUACUAUCGUUCAUGA